AUGGAGGGGGUGUUGAGGAGAGUUGAUAGCGAGGAUGGUGAGGACCUGCCCGAACAGGAAACGGAGGAGUAUCCAGAUUUCCCAGCCCAUGAAGAUGCUCGGUCGGAACCACCACUUUCCUUCUUCAAUGGCUUAUACGUGCCAGAUUGCGGAGGUGUGAAAACAAAACGGUACCAGGAUCGACAAUUCUUCCAACGGGAUGAUAAGUCGUUCGAGGAUGAGGCAGCGAGACGUGGUAUCUCACGAGAUCCAUACAUAGGGGUUGAUCGGCGGCGGAAGCAUCAGUGCUCUGCCUCAAGAUAG